GUAUAAUAUUAUACACGGAUUUAUAUGUACUCAAACACCCACACACAUGCAGAGCGGAACAUCGGCAUUAAAGCGAGCAUAGUUUGUAGCUUACGUUAUUCAUAAUUGUCCUUUUAAAUUAAAUGUGAUGACUUCUUGUACCCACUGGAAGCUGUGCAGAUUUUUCCAAAGACUAAAAUGAGGGACGAUUCUCUACAAAAAUGAAAGGUUAAGAGGUUGAAAGAUAAACAUUGGUGAAAUCGACGGAUGCUGAUUCGGGAAUCUCGUUUCAUCAUGACACCAUUCAGCCAAGAGAAUGUUGAGGAAUACUAUGAAAUUGGAGAAGAGCUUGGAAGUGGUCACUUUGCAGUGGUGAAAAAAUGCAGAGAGAAAGGCUCAGGUGUGGAGUUUGCGGCCAAAUUUAUCAAGAAGCGGCGUGGCAAGUCGAGUCGGCGGGGCGUGGCCAGAGAGGACAUUGAGCGAGAGGUCAGCAUCCUCAAGGAGAUUCAGCACCCCAACAUCAUCACAUUGCAUGAUGUGUUCGAGAACAAGGCCGAGGUCAUCCUAAUUCUGGAACUUGUGGCCGGUGGAGAGCUCUUUGACUUUUUGGCAGAGAAGGAGUCUCUGACAGAGGAGCAGGCCACCAAAUUCCUGAAGCAGAUCCUGGACGGCAUCCUCUAUCUGCACUCUAAGCAGAUUGCCCACUUUGACCUAAAGCCAGAAAACAUUAUGCUGCUGAACAGGACUGCCCUUCACCCACGCAUAAAGCUCAUUGACUUUGGAUUGGCCCACAAGAUUGAUUUUAGCAAUGAUUUCAAAAACAUUUUUGGGACUCCAGAAUUUGUUGCUCCAGAAGUGGUGAACUAUGAGCCACUUGGCCUGGCAGCUGACAUGUGGAGUGUUGGUGUGAUCACCUAUAUUCUCCUGAGUGGUGCUUCUCCAUUCCUGGGUGAUAGCAAACAGGAGACGCUGGCCAAUGUCUCUGCCGUGAAUUACGAGUUUGACGAGGAGUUCUUCAGGAACACCAGCAGCCUGGCCAAAGACUUCAUCUCAAAGCUCCUCAUCAAGGACCCAAAGAAAAGGAUGACCAUCCAAGAUAGUUUACAACAUCCUUGGAUCAAGCCAAAGGACACACAGCAGGAACUCAGCAGGAAGGAAUCAGCUGUCAACAUGGAGAAGUUCAAGAGGUUUGCUGCUCGCAGGAAAUGGAAGCAAUCAGUGCGGCUCAUCUCCUUAUGUAAUCGCCUGUCAAGAUCCUUUCUGUCCAGGAGCAACAUGAGCAUCUCCCGCAGUGAUGAUACUUUGGAUGAGGAAGACUCCUUCGUCAUGAAGGCAAUCAUUCAUGCCAUCAACGAUGACAACAUGCCAGGACUGCAGCACCUUCUAGGAUCCCUGACAAGCUAUGACGUAAACCAGCCGAACAAGCAUGGUACACCUCCUCUGCUCGUCGCUGCCGGCUGUGGAAACAUCCGGAUCAUAGAUGUGCUCAUGAGGAAAGGGGCAGAGAUCCAGGCCCAUGACAAGUCAGGAGCAAAUGCCAUUUGCUACGCUGCAAGAAAUGGCCAUGUGGAAACCCUGAAAUUCCUGCAUGGAAAGAACUGCCCUCUGGAUACCCAAGAUAAGUCUGGAGAGACUGCCCUGCACGUGGCAGCCAGGUAUGGCAAUGUGGAUGUAGUCCAGUACCUCUGCAGUAUUAAUGCCAACCCAAACCUUCUAGACAGGGAACACGAGACGCCCCUGCAUUGUGCGUCCUGGCACGGUUACGCCUCUGUGGCCAGGGCACUCUGUGAGGCAGGCUGCCAUGUUGACGUGCAGAAUCGGGAGGGGGAGAGCCCGCUCCUCACGGCCUCUGCCAGGGGCUUCCGGGAUAUCGUGGAGCGUCUGCUGGAGCACGGGGCUGAUCUCAACUCAACAGACAAGGAUGGUCAUGUGGCCCUGCACCUGGCUGUGCGCAGAUGUCAGACAGCUGUCGUCAAAUGCUUGCUCAGUCACCGCUGCUGUGUGGAUGUCCAGGAUCACCAUGGUAACACCCCACUGCACAUUGCUUGCAAGGAUGGCAACCUGCCCAUUGUGUCAUCCCUCUGCAGCAGCAGUGCUGCGCUGGACAUCCCCAAUAAGCAUGGGAGAACACCUCUUCACCUGGCUGCAAACAAUGGGUGCCUGGAGGUUGUACGAUAUCUUUGUGCUGCGGGUGCUAAUACAGAUGCCAUAACCAGUGAUGGGAGCUCUGCCGAAGACCUGGCCAGGAUGGCGCAGCAUGAACAUGUCGCCGCCCUGCUGGCGAAGCUUAAAAAGGAUACGCACAAAGCCAGCUUCGUCCAGCAGCUGCGGCCCACACAGUCCCCUCAGCCCCGGGUAAAGCUCAAGUUGUUUGGGCACUGUGGGUCAGGGAAGAGCACCUUACUGGAGUCCCUCAAGUGCGGACUUCUCCGGAGCUUCUUCAGGCGGAAGAAAACCCGAAUAUCUUCCAACAACCUCACCCGCUUCCCCCCAUCACCCACAUCCGCCACACCCACUGUAUCCCUGAGCAUUUCCAGUUUAUACCCGGGGUGUGAGAACGUGAGCGUGCGCAGUCGCAGUAUGAUGUUCGAGCCCAGCCUCACAAAGGGUGUCCUGGAAGGCUGUUCCCCCACACAUGGCUCCCUCUCCACCAGUGAUGAUCAGUCCACCAAGGCCAUUGACAUCCAAAAUGCCAACAUUAACGGAGUGGGAGACUUCAGCGUGUGGGAGUUCUCUGGUAACCCAGUAUACUACUGCUCCUAUGAUUACUUUGCUGCCAAUGACAUCACAUCGGUGCACCUGGUACUCUUCAGCCUGGAGGAGCCUUACGAGACACAGCUCAGUCAGGUCACCUUCUGGCUUAACUUUCUCAAGUCCAUCCACCUUCCGGAGGACGACAUUGCCUUUGGUGGAAGGGUAAAGAACGCUCUUCAUGUUGUGCUGGUGGCCACACAUGCAGACAUUGUGAACGUGCCACGCCUCCAUGGGGGGGAGUUUGGCUAUGACAAGGAGGUGUCACUGUUGAAAGAAGUCAGAAGCAGGUUUGGGAAUGAUUUUCAGAUCUCUGAGAAGCUGUUCGUGAUGGAUGCUGGAGCGUCCGCCUCCAGGGAAAUGAAACUGCUCAGAAAUCACCUGCAAGAGCUGAGAAGCGCCAUUAUAUCAACGUGCCCACCCGUGACUCAGCUGUGUGAGAAGAUUGCCUCGAUCCUGCCCUCCUGGAGGAGGCUCAGGGGGUCCAACCAGCUGGUGUCCUGGCAGCAGUUUGUGCUGGAUGUUCAGGAGCAGAUUAACCCUUUGGUCAGCGAUGAUUCGCUGAGGGAGGUCGCCUUUCAGCUGCACAGCAUGGGAGAGAUCAAUAUUGCGCAGAGUGAAACGGUGCAGGACAUGGUGCUGCUGGACCCACGCUGGCUGUGCAGCGGCGCUCUUGCCAGGAUCCUUUCCGUUGACACACCCAAGGCCAUCCACCACUACAGGGGGCGUUUCCUCCUGGAGGAGGUGCAGGGCUUGGUGGCAGAGAGCGAUGUGGACGAGCUGCUGCAGAUCCUGGAUGCCAUGGACGUGUGUGCCCGAGACCUCAGCAGCCCCACCAUGGUGGACAUCCCCGCCCUGGUCCGGACCAACGGGCUGCGGCGCUCCUGGACGGAAGAGGAGGACGAGGAGGUACUGGUCUACGGCGGGGUGCGCGUGGUCCCUGCAGAGCACCUGACUCCCUUCCCCUGCGGCCUCUUCCACAAGUUGCAGGUCAACCUCUGCCGCUGGAGCCACCAGCAGAAGCCAGAGGACGGUGACAUCCGGCUGUGGGCUAACGGAGCCAGAGUAUUGCACGGGCGCGCCGAGGCAGUGGUGCUGCUGGUCAACCACGGGCAGGGCGUGGAGGUGCGGGUGAGAGGGCCCGACUCUGACAGGGCCGGCUGCUACACUCUGCUGGACCUGAUCUGCGGCAUCAUUGAUGGCCUGUUGGCCGCCACGCUCCCGGGCCUCCUGACCGUGAAGCAUUACCUGAGCCCCCAGCAGCUGAGGGAGCACCACGAGCCCAUGAUGAUCUACCAGCCGCGUGACUUCUUCAGGGCUCAGGAGCUGAGGGAACACUCGCUCACCAACACCAUGGGCGGCUACAGGGAGAGCUUCAGCAGUGUGCUGAGUUUCGGCUACACCCAGGUCUACCAGCAGGCCAGCCUGGGAGCAGACAUCCACGCAUCCGACAUCAGCCCCUUGGCCAGGAGGAAGCUCUGCCGGCUCCUGGACCCUCCAGACGCUAUGGGCAAGGACUGGUGCCUGCUGGCCAUGAACCUGGGCCUGACAGAGCUGGUGGCCAGGUUCAGCACCCCCAAUAUAAAUGGACCCCCUGGGGAGGGUGGCUUCCUUCCGAGCCCCACGGCCUUACUGCUGAAGGAGUGGAGUGGGCGUGCCGACAGCACGGUGGGCAUUCUCCUGUCCAAACUGCGUGAGCUGGGGCGCAGGGAUGCAGCCGACUUCCUCUUAAAGUCAUCACCCGUGUUCCGGGUAAACCUGGAGAGGGCGUCACAGGAUACCGAUGCUCCUACCUUCAAUGGGGGGACCUCCCAUAACUCCAUCAGUUCUGUCAUAUCCAGGUGAAAGGGUACAGUUUAAACAUGAUGCACAAUCUAACUAAAACUUCCCUUUUCUGUCCAUCUCCCAUGUUGCAAAAAAAACCAUGUUUAUUCACACUGCUACCAUUCCUGUAAUAAGCACAGGUUGUUCCUUCACCAGAAAAAACUGAAGAAAAAUUCUGAAAAAAAAAUUGUGAAAACUGAUGACCAAUAGUAUUUUUCUGUUUGAGCGUUUGUAUAUUUAACAUAAUAUCUUAGCAUAUGGCUGUAUAAAUAAACAAAAUCUAUGACAUUGAAAAUAUGACUCCAAGAAAAUAUUAACAGCUGUAAUAAUGUAUGCAUGUGUGUGUGAGUGCACUUAUGCUCAGUGUUACAAUUUUUGUGUCUUCAAUCCUCAUCGUCUGUAAUGGUCAAAAGGUGGGUGUCUGAGAAGUUAGUUUCCAUGUACAGCACACCCCUUGGUCAGGAGCAGUUUAGCUCCCUCCCUUUGACCACAUAAAUCUGUGUAAGGGCUUAGAUACUCUAGAUAGCUCUACUUCACCAAUAAAAUACACCCUACCCUCUGGAUCAAAGAUAAAGCAUGUCCCACUGGUGUUAUUAUGCAAUAUGCUUUUGUAAAAGACUGAGAUAAGCUUUCAGGAGGAGUAUUAAUUCCCUUAUAGUAGAGCCAUGUUUUAAAUUGCAUAAGGAAUUAUAGCAAAGGUGCACAGUAAAGUUGAAAAGGCUGGUUAAUUUUAUAUUGACACCCAGAACUUAUCCAGUCAAGUUGGAACAGACCACAUUGGUGAUUCCUGUAAGAGGGUGGUCUCUUCUUCUGUGAAGCAUGUAAAAUGCACAAAUUCCACGUCAAUUAACCAUUCAAAAGAACAAAACAAAAUCCCUAUAUACUUUUAAAGAUUUCCAUUCUACGUGCUGGUGGUAUAACUGACCAGCUAACACCAUUUUUGAUUGUUUUGUAUUUUGCAUAGUAGAAGUACAAAUCAAAAACUUAAAUAGUAAAUGUGUGGACAUUUUUUGGGGGGGUUGGGAUGUUUUUUGGCAUUUGAUGCAAUAAAUGAUGGUAUGAUACCAUGCCUUAGAUAAAUACUCUAUUCUGAUUGGUUAACAAGCCUAUUGGUUGUAUUUUAUUUGUGUAUAAGCAUGGUAAUCCGGGUACUUUGCCUCAUUACAGUUUUACAUAACUUUCAGAUUGUCCUCUUAGAAAUCCUGAAUUAAAAGGAAACAUAAUCAUAGCAACAUGUUAUAAUAGUUCAUUCACAAAACCAAUCUAUUUAUUACAUUUUAAACAUUCUCAGCCAACUAAUGCUUGAAUAUUCACUUCUUUUUAUGCUAUAUCAUGUUUGGAAAUAUUAUGGAAUAUUUUUUAAAUUAUUAUUAUUUUAAUCCAAAGUGUACAUCAUGAAGUCAUUUAUAGUGUCUGUUUAUAAUGUAUACUUAUUAGUAUCUUGUAAAAAAAAAAAAAUAGGCUUAAACAGUUGUGCUACUAUAUUUCAUUGGCAGCACUUUAGAAUGUUCCGACCAAAAGCAAAUGUUUUUUUUGUCAGUCAGGUUUUUCAGAAGUAAGAGGUAUGGUCAAAAUGGAUAGGAGAAGCAGUAGAUUGAGCACAUUUGGAAAUUUAAGUAUAUUCUUAAAACCCAUUUGGAGUAAAUCAAAUCACAAGAAGAACAUUGCUUUAAAUGUUCCUUCUAUUUUGGAAAGUUUGUGGCAGGAUACUUUGGAGUCACGAUAACUGAAAGCCAAAUAUCCAAAGUACCUGAAAACAUUUUACUAGAAACAACCCCAAUUUAGUAACACCCUCAAAUUGAUGUCACUUUCAUUAUAAUCAUUUCAUAUUACACAUCCAGAAUUCAACAACUCACUGUUAUCACUAAAAAUGUGUCAUAAUUAGAAAAGCAGCCCUUGAUAAAAUGUUUUACUCAAAUAACAAAAAGUGCAUUUCAGUAAGACCAAACAAAAGUGUUUGAAAGGGAAAUCGGCUAUAAAUAUUAUGUAAUUUAAACUAUUUUCCCCUCAGUGGAUUUACCAGUUACAGCAGCUUUUCAAAUCCCUUGGCUUCAGGAUUUUUUUCCAAUUAUGGAAGGCAUCAUCUUCAGGUUUGUUUUUGUUUUUUUUGUUCUGAUAUGGCAGUAUUAACCAAUCUAAGGAACAGGAAGCAUUUUAUUUAAGACGUGCAUUUUUACACACAAGUCUUUGCACAAGACAAUUGUUUUAAAUAUAUAAAAUAUGUUAUUUAAGCAUGCAAUGUAAUUCCAUGUCAUUAAUAUUGGUUUAAAUGUUAAAAUAUUGUACAUUUUUAUAAUAAAUUGUUUACCUGAU